UGGGAAUGGCAUCAACCUCAAACUAUCCUCGAACAUGGCGCGAAACGGCCACCGGCAAUCUGAUCCGACCUUCCCCACCCAUGGGACCCAGCGGAAAGGAAUGGGGACGAAGAAAAUGAUCCAGAAAAGUGCCACUCUCGCGGCGGAACAGAGUGUCUCAAAAAAGAGUGUUCCAAAACAGAAUGUCUCGAAAAAGAGUGAUCCUAAAGAGAAUAUCCCCAAAGUAGCGGCUCCGCCAGCUACCGUUGACGAAACCCAAGUUGCAGACCCGUCGAUCGAGGUGAUCCAGAAGGAAAGUGCGCCAACAAAGAAGAAGAACGGCUUUUCCACGGACCGAGGUGUGGUCUAUAUUCACUCAUUGCCCCAUGGGUUUUACGAGAAGCAGUUGUACAAGUACAUGAAGCAGUUCGGCUCGGUUACGCGCAUCAAAUUGGUACGCAGUCCGAAGACGGGUGGCAGUUGCGGUUUCGCCUUCGUCGAGUUCAAGUAUGAUGAGGUGGCACGCAUCGUGGCCGAGACCAUGAACAACUAUCUCAUGUUCGAUCGGUUGGUCAAAUGUGAAGUCCUUGAUCCCAAAAAGGUGAAGCCCAUUAUGUUCUUUAACCGCGUCAAACCAGACAAACCCCCAGGAUUGAUUGCUCGUCGCAAGGACAAAAAGGUCAUGAAUCAACUCCGGACCGAAGAACAGAACAACCGCCGACUGAAGAAGCAGUUGGGUAAGUUAGACAAGGUUCAAAAGCGAUUGGCGGAAUUGGGCGUGACCAGCCAAAUGAGCUUUGAAAAGGCCUCGAAGAAGUUGAAGGGUCUGAGUCACACCCCCAUCAUGGCCGUAGAUCAGGAAGAGCAUGAAGUGUCUAUGAAGACGCCGCCGAAUGUGAAGAAGGUCCGCAGUCGUGGCAAUAGUGCGGCUGCGACGCCCAAUUCCGGACGGAACACGCCCAAAGGUGUCCUAUCCAAUCUGCCCAAGGACAAGAAAAACCUCAUGCUGGCCAAACUGACGGCCAAGUUGGAGGAAGGAAAACCCAAGGCCACACCGAGUCCGGGGCUCAAAGGCAACAAGAAAGUCGUGGGCGCGUUGACUGCUACGAAUGUGGCUAAACAUGGAAUGACCAUCAAGCGAAAUACCCCCAGAACUAAGAAAUUCAACAUCCAUCCAUCUUUGGAUCCCGGUCAUCUGGAGGAGGGGCCCUUGAUGUCCGAGGAUUCGGCGGAUGACACCCAACCCGCUUUCGAAUCUCGAUUUCGAGAGUUACAAAUCGAUACUCAAACCGAGUCCGCGGACGGGGAAGAGGAGGCAGCGCCUCGGACCGCCUCCGUUCGGCCCAAGGAUGGCCAUGGAACCCGCUUGAAGCUCAAAAUUGACCCCCAUGCCGGCCAAAAUGACGAGGCGUCAGGCGGGAUUUUGUUCAGCCCCGGCGGUUCUGAGGCCUACAUGUUCACUCAGGCUGAACCCGAGGAGGAGAACCAUGGGGCUCGACCCACGACUACGCCCCGAGAGAUCCGAGAUCCGUUCUUCAUGGCUGGGCGAAGCAAUCCACAAUCGACCAUCGUGGGUCAAUCCGAUGAUGGGUUGGGUAGUCGGUUUCCGCCCAUUUCAGGGAGUCGAGGAGGCGGGAUGGGCCCGUCCAAUAUGAUGCUGCAGGAUCGAUUGGAUAGCUUGAAGCAAACCUUGGACCGGGAGCUCCGAGUAGAUCAAAUAGGCGGGUCUGUGUCAACGCAAAAUUCAACGGCGGAAUCGUCGCCCAGGCGAUUUCCUCGAUUACCUGCUGACCGAGAUGAGUUUCUGCAAGAUCCGGAUAGCUGCAAUUUUACCUCGAGUGAGGCCGGAUUUCAUACCGAGAACGAGAGUGCUCCGCUCACGCCCUAUGGAGGCACGUUGAGCGCGAGCGAGCGCGCUUUCUCUCCAUCGGUGGCCUCGGUGGUAUCCAUGACCAGUUCCACGGCCUCAGGGCAAAACACUGCUCGCCGGAACCUGGAAUGGGACCCCGUGUUUGACAUGGGCGUAGAGGGUUUGGAGAAUAUUCCCGGUCAACCCAACGCUGCUCACUCUUUGAGUGAAUUGGAGCGAUUGGCUAUAGGCAACUAUUCAGACUUUUUGCGUGUCGAGCCCGAGGCUCGGUCGAGUAAAGUCAAAAGUGCAACCGCAACGGCUGCAGCAGCCAAACGAGCCUCAAGGAAUAGCCGACAGCAAGCUGCUGCGAUUGAAGAGGAGCUGCGGCAGGUACGACUCCACAAGUUUGCCGACAGCUUAAUCCGUCAACGGGAACUACGUAAAUUGGCCACGCGUCGUCGAUCCACGUCUAGGGAGUCGCAAUCCAAGCGAAGUGAUCGGUCUUCUCCCCGGUCCUCCCCUUCUCGGGAGCAAUCUUUGCCACCCAGAAGCUUGCCUCGAACUUCACCCAUGAAGUCAUCCUCUUUGAAUGAUCUGUGUUCGUUAGAAUGUCCGGGAGGUCAGUUUGAUCGUUCUCAUCGAUCGAACUCGGAUGUAUCCCAAAGCCGUUUGGCCAGGAAGAUCUUGGGAUCAUCUGGGCCUUCUUCAUGCAGUAGCUCGAGCACGGUGGUCCCAAGAUCUCAAAGAGGCCAAGCCGAAACGCAACCUCGAGAUUGUCUCCAACCCAUCAAUACGGACCCACAAUCACUACCUUUGCAUAUUCAGGCCCUUUUCAAGCCUUCGGACGAACGCCAAGAUUCCUGGGUUCAAAAACGCCUGAUUCAGCAAGAUGGAGGGGGAUGGCUCCUUUCCAUGGCCAGUAACCAUUCGACCCAAUACCAACCACCCUCAACAAUCUCAAGUCAAAACCCUUCGAAACCCUCAUCAAAACAACCUUCAAUCCAACAAAGCCAAACCAGCUUGAACAGUCGUCAAUCUGCGAGUCGUUCUUUCGAGACCGUGAUCAAUUUGGGACCCAAGCAGAAAUUAGGAGCUUCUAAAGGUAAAUGGACCACUCAAGAUAAUCUAAACUCGGACACACCCUCUAUGGACACCGAGGACGAAGUGGAAGCUAUUCGACGAGCCAAUGCUCAUGAAGAACUUGGACUUGAGCCCCCAAUGGAAUGCAAUUCGUAUCGUCAAGCUUGGUCUGAGCGAGCCUAUGAGCAAAAGAAAUCCCCCCGGGCUCAUCGUUUGAGGCGUUCACUCGACCGCCAACAGUCUUCUCGUACAAGCUCGGUGGCUACUACCUCCGAUGACGAACGACAACAUGGGCCUUUUGACACAGAUGCUCACCAUCGACUUCAUCCUCAUCGUCGUCGAGGUUCGUCCCGAUCUCGCCGUGUGAUUGGCACUCAAACUGCUUCAAGCACGAUGGAAUCGGCACAGAUUGAUCGUGCCAAGAGCUUCGAGUAUUUCCCGGGUGAAUCAUUUCCACUUCAAGAGAACUCGUCCAGCUAUGAAUAUUUGCCCGGACAUUUGGUACACGAUCGACCUGGAACCGUGGCCAGCAUUAGAGCGGAUAUUCAGCGACCGGACAAUUUGAGUGUCUCGGGAGUGAAUGCGCUUUCACAAACCGAAAGCAGUUUCUCCAGUGCAGGAGCAGAAGAGGAUCAUGAUGAGCAAGAUGUGGGACAUUAUCGAUGCCACCCAAGGGACAAUCCGGUUCAUUUGAAUCCCGGGAUGGUGUUUCGUGGCUUGAAUAUACCUUUAAUCGACUCGGAUCUACAAGCCAUUGCCGAAGAGCUCGAGUUCAAAUCCAAGGAACUUUUUGACGCCCAUAUGCGAAAAACUCAACGGUUUUAUCGACGGGUCAAAAAGUACAUAGAUUUUGUGUCCAUACCAGCAGCCACGCCCCAAGAUUCUCGAAAAAAACAAGAGAUCCUGGAUCGACUCCUCAAGAUCAUGUCAAAUCAAGAGGCUCGUCUGCAAACGGACUCAUCGUCUUUAAGCAUUCCGGAAACCCCUAUUCCAACUCCCAAAGCCAUAUCUCCACCUCCUACCAACCUCUCCUCAGACGAAGGCAGUGAAAUCUUGCCUAGCGAGCCUCCAACUCGCAAAAUCGAGACUCGAACGUCUCAAAUGGCUUCUGUGACCAGAUCAGUAAUUUCUUCUGAGGACGCUUCUUCUCACAGCAAUGCCACAAUCUUGAAGGCUGAACCGACUAAAGCGUCCAAAGGGAUUAAUGACCUGGAAGUCGCCUUGGCUCAACGACAAAAGAUAGACCAAAUGAGGAAGCUCAGGAAAGAGAUCAAGAAAAUGGAGCGCCUAGAGCAUGCCACCUUGAAAGACAUGGUGCUCGGCAAUCCAGCCAUGCAUGAAGUCAUACAAAUCACGGAUCUCGAGGACACCAGUCUAGCUAGUAGUGAUCAGACCAGCCUCAUGUCAAGUACAGCUUCCACAUUCGUGUCAUCAAAGGAGAACAAGCAACCACAUACGGUCCAAUCCCAAUCUGAAGAUCAGAGAGAUUCGAGAAAAAUUCCCGCCCAGAGCAAGAAGGUCCUUCGAGCUUCCAAAACCAACAUAAACACCUACGUGAAGCCCACCAAGACGAGCCAAGCGAAAGCAGUGAAGCAUGUUGUGACUGAAGCAAAAAGUGUUGAGGUACGAACAUCUGGACAACAAGCAGGAAAUCUUUUGCAAUCUGGACGGAGAAGUUCCUCCAAGAAAUCCUUGAAGAACGACACGGGGCAAACCUAUCAUACUCUCCCACGAGAGAAGAGGCCCUCACCGCCAAAGAAAGUAUCUAAAGGCGUUCAAACACCUACCAAAUCAGCACCGGGUCCUCCCUCUCCCCCAUUACUUGUUGUGCCCAAAGAACCCUUGGCGUAUUAUCUUCCGAUGAGUCAAGGCAGUCCCAUCAAAGUGGGUCGAAAAAUACUCCACGAUGGAUUCGACGAGGAUGUCGUGAACAACGAAAAUCGCAGCAUUUUGGCCAACUACAUGGCCGGGCUCAACUCUGAAGCCAUCGUGAUCAAUGGCACAAAGAAGAAGAGGCCAACCGGCUAUGGGCAUAAACCAGAUCAAUAUAAGUAUGAUCGAGACGAGUUGCGUCUUCUUACGCUCCAAGAUGCGCUAUCCGUAAAACGCCCAGGGUUCCUUCAAAACGCUGAGAGACGCCGGACUCUCCUGAAGGAGAUGCGAGAGCAACGGUUGACCUACGAAGCGCAGAAGCGGAAAUGGUUCCAAGACCUGGACAAUCUGCCCGUCAACGAAAGGCGAUUUGCUCAUCCGUGUUUCGAGCCCUUACGUGUGCGUCGGAUCUUCAAAUAUCGGGAAAUGAUCAAAUCCACACGAGAAAAGUACAAAAAAUUACCUGAAGUCCGUGAGAAGGUACUUCAGAGGAAAAAGCGGAAUUCUUUUCGAGGUCAUCAGAUCAUGAGAGAUUUGUACAAAAAGCGACUCCAACAAAAUGUCCUCAAAGGACGUGUAUCGUUGGAACAUCACAAAAAUGUUGUAGAGUUUUAAAAAAAUCACCAUCUAGGUCCAGGAAAUCAUUCAAAAAAAAAAAGGAAAUGGAAAGUGUUUGCAUGAGGUUGAAUUUCCUCACUUAGUUUUUAUUGA